CUUGCUAGCUUUUGCCGGAGGAGCAGCCCUAUCAGCUGCCCUGGCUGCUCCCUGGGUGGCUGCGUCCCCAGGGGUGACUGGGGGAUGAAUUACAGCCACUGGGUUUUCCAUGCCUUAGUAUAGGCACGGGCAUGGCCUCAGCCCCCGCGCGAUGCAGCGAGAGAGCCCUGAGUUCCUGGCUUACUGCAACAUCUAAUUGGAGGCUCUCAGGGAGUGCAAGUCAGGCUAGAAAGUGUUGAGGUUUUUUUUUAAACAGAAAAAGAAAAAAGCCCUCCCACCAUCACAAGAUGUUUCUGUCUAACGGCUCCGUUCUCUCUCCGCUAAAUACAAAUUAUGGCUCUGACAGCCGGAGGCGCUUAUCUCCAGCUGAAUGCCAAUUGCUUUCAGGAACAAAAUGUUUGAAGUUCCUUUAAGGUGAAGGCACAACAUGGUCCCUGCCACUGCUUUCAACCUCCAAAACCUGCUGUCAUCACCCCGACUUCGGUCUCAGGUCCCCAGCUGGGAGAGAACCAGGCAAGGGGGCGGACACAGGCUGGCAGCUGCAUUUGGACAUAGCUCAGCCCUCCUGACUCAGUCAGGGGGGACGGACAGGGACGUGGUCCUGGCCUGACGUUAGCAGUGGCGUGGCCCCUAUAAUAGCACCGUGCCCCGACUUGAGCUCUCUGUCCCUGUCAGCCUCAGAGAUGAGUCUGUCCAUCCCAGCCGUGGGGCUCAGCGGGAUAGAACCAGAGCUGGGAUACAUUCUGGCACAGGGGCUCUGACCUCUGUUGGGAAGCGUGGACUUGAGCUGGCUGUGGUGCUGCUGGCCCGUGGGACACAGGGAGCAUCGUCUCCGCGAUAAGAAUAAGUACUCAGCUCCCGGCAGCGUCGCCGUCAUGGGGAAGGACUAUUACAAGAUUUUGGGCAUCCAGAGUGGCGCAAACGAAGAUGAAAUCAAGAAGGCCUAUCGGAAAAUGGCCCUGAAAUAUCACCCUGAUAAGAAUAAAGACCCCAACGCUGAGGAGAAGUUCAAGGAGAUUGCGGAGGCUUAUGAUGUCCUGAGUGACCCCAAGAAACGAGCCGUGUAUGACCAGUAUGGGGAGGAAGGUCUCAAAACUGGAGGUGGCUCUUCAGGUGGCUCAGGGAACACCUUCCACUACACCUUCCAUGGAGACCCCCAUGCCACCUUCGCAUCCUUCUUCGGAGGCUCCAACCCUUUUGACAUCUUCUUCGCCAGCAGCCGGUCUCGGAUGUUCAAUGGCUUUGACCAGGAAGACAUGGAUAUGGAUGAUGACGAUGACCCUUUCAGUGCCUUUGGCCGAUUUGGCUUCAACGGCAUUAAUGGGGUUCACCGGCGGCACCAGGAGUCUCUGCACACGCGGAGGAAGGUCCAAGACCCACCUGUCAUCCAUGAGCUCAAGGUAUCCCUGGAAGAGAUUUACCACGGAUCCACCAAGAGGAUGAAGAUCACUCGCAGAAGGCUCAAUGCUGAUGGCCGGACCAUGCGGACUGAGGACAAGAUCCUAAACAUUGUCAUCAAACGGGGCUGGAAGGAGGGAACCAAAAUCACAUUCCCCAGAGAAGGGGAUGCCACUCCAGACAACAUCCCUGCAGACAUCGUCUUCAUCCUCAAGGACAAGCCUCACUCACACUUCAAGAGGGAUGGGACAAAUGUGAUCUACACGGCAAACAUCAGUCUUAAAGAGGCCUUGUGCGGCUGCACUGUGAACAUUCCCACCAUUGAUGGACGGGUGAUCCCGCUUCCCUGCAACGACAUCAUCAAGCCAGGGACAGUGAAGAGACUACGUGGGGAGGGGCUGCCCUUCCCCAAGGCCCCCAGCCAGCGAGGAGACUUGAUUGUGGAGUUCAAAAUCCGCUUCCCGGACAGAAUAGCUCCCCAGACAAGACAGAUCCUCAAGCAGCACCUCCCAUGCUCCUAGAGCCCAGGGACUCUCCUCCAAAGCAGCAAUACUCCAAACA